AUGGCUAAUCGUCCGAUUCCUCCUAAACAAUCUUCAAUACAAACAGAUGAUGAGGAGGAUGAUGAGGGUGGUGAUACAUCAAAUUCUGCUCCUCCAUCUUCAAGACCAAAAUUAUCAGAAGAACAAGGUGAAACUCGCGUUAUAACUAUUCCAGAAGCUAUUGGUCUUGAUUUCAAUUCAUUUAUUCCGCAAUCUGACAUAACAUCACAAGUACAUUUUGUAAGUGAUAUUCAACCAGAUUCUCAAGCAAGUUUAGCUGGUCUUAAAGAUGGAGAUCGUAUAUUACAAAUAAAUGGAAUAAAUGUUACUAAUCUUGAACAUGAAGAUGUACGAAAAUUAAUGCAAUUAAUGGCUCCAAUUGUCUUAAAAGUAGAAAAUGAUCCAAAAUAUUUAUUCGUACUUCAACAACCAAUUGUCGAUAUUGAAGAAAAAUCACCAGAACCUCCAAUAACAGUAAAUGGUGACACUAAUUCAGAUACAAAUAAUCGUCAAUCAAAUCGUACUGAAUUACAAGAACAGCCAUCACUUGACCCAACGGUAUCAUCUGGAUCAAAAUUAACUACUUCAACAAAAUCACAUCGUUAUGAAACAUUUAAUAUAAUUCAAUCUGAUGAAUCAAUUAAAGAAGAGCCAUUAAAAGCUAAAUUAUGUCGUUUACGUCAAAGUAAAAAAUAUGAUGGUUAUGGAUUAGUAUUAAAAUAUCAGCAAGAUCUUCAUGUGAUUGGUGAAGUUGAAGAAGCAUCACCAUCAUAUCGAGCUGGUCUACGUGAAAAUGAUAUUAUUAUAUUUAUUGGAAAAAAAAAUGUAGAAAAGGCAACACAUGAUGAUGUUAAAGUUAUGAUUCGAGCAAUGAUAUUGGCAUCGAAUCAAGUCGAAAUAACUGUUUUAUCGAAACUUGAUAUUCCAAGAUAUAAAACAUUACAAGAAAAAGGCUUAAUCGAUUGGUCAAUUAUGGGUUUAGAGAAAUAA